CUGGCGCUCCGCACCCUCUGUCUGCGGCAGCGGGGGCUGGCCGCCCCGGCCCCUGCCCGGCCCCCUCCCCCAGCCCCAUGUCCCAGCCCUGACCCCGCUGCCCUCCCCCGCUGGGGGCCUUGCCCCGUGCCCCCUGCCCGCCCCGUCCAGGCCGGGCACCAUGAAUGACCAGUACCACCGGGCGGCCCGCGACGGCUACCUGGAGCUCCUCAAGGAAGCCACCCGGAAGGAGCUGAACGCCCCCGAUGAGGAUGGCAUGACCCCCACCCUCUGGGCUGCCUACCAUGGCAACCUGGAGUCGCUGCGCCUCAUCGUGAGCCGAGGGGGCGACCCUGACAAGCGUGACAUCUGGGGCAACACGCCCCUGCACCUGGCAGCCUCCAAUGGCCACCUGCACUGCCUGUCCUUCCUGGUGUCCUUUGGGGCCAACAUCUGGUGCCUGGACAACGACUACCACACACCACUGGACAUGGCCGCCAUGAAGGGCCACAUGGAGUGUGUGCGCUACCUGGACUCCAUCGCGGCCAAGCAGAGCAGCCUCAACCCCAAGCUGGUGGGCAAGCUCAAGGACAAGGCUUUCCGGGAGGCGGAGCGGCGCAUUCGCGAGUGCGCCAAGAUGCAGCGCAAGCACCACGAGCGCAUGGAGCGACGCUACCGGCGCGAGCUGGCCGAGCGCUCCGACACGCUCAGCUUCUCCAGCCUCACCUCCAGCACCUUGAGCCGUCGGCUGCAGCACCUGGCGCUGAGCAGCCACCUGCCCUACUCGCAGGCCACGCUGCACAGCACCGCCCGGGGCAAGACCAAGAUCCAGCGCAAGCUGGAGCGGCGCAAGCAGGGCGGCGAGGGCACCUUCAAGAUCUCCGAGGACGGCCGCAAGAGCGUGCGCUCGCUCUCGGGCCUGCAGCUGGGCAGCGACGUGAUGUUCGUGCGCCAGGGCACCUACGCCAACCCCAAGGAGUGGGGCCGCUCCCCGCUCCGGGACAUGUUCCUCUCGGACGACGACAGCGUCUCCCGUGCCACGCUGGCGGCUGAGCCAGCCCACUCGGAAGUCAGCACCGACUCGGGCCACGACUCCCUGUUUACCCGGCCGGGCCUGGGCACUAUGGUGUUCCGCAGGAACUACCUGAGCAGCGGGCUGCCGGGCCUGGGCCGCGAGGACGGUGGCCUGGACGGGGUGGGGCCGCCGCGGGCUCGGCUGCAGAGCCCCCCCAGCCUGGACGGCGACAGCCUGGGCAGUGCCAACAGCCUGCAGGAUCGCAGCUGCGCGGAGGAGCUGCCCUGGGACGAGGUGGACUUGGGCCUGGAUGAGGACCUGGAGCCCGAGACCAGCCCGCUGGAGACCUUCCUGGCCUCGCUGCACAUGGAGGACUUCGCAGCUCUCCUGCGGCAGGAGAAGAUCGACUUGGAGGCGCUGAUGCUGUGCUCAGACCUCGACCUGCGCAGCGUCAGCAUCCCGCUGGGGCCGCGCAAGAAGAUCAUGGGGGCCGUGCGGCGGCGGCUGCAGGCGCUGGAGCGUCCGCCUGCCCUGGAGGACACCGAGCUGUGA